AUGUGCAGUAAACGAACGUGCCGUCCCGGCUACUUCAACUGCGGUAGUGGUCUGUGUGUGUCGCUGACGAAGAAAUGCGAUAGAAAUAAUGAUUGCCUAAAUUUUGCCGAUGAAGUGGACUGUGAGUGCAAGUGUGAGUCCGGAAUUUGCAUACCUAAAAACUUCACCUGCGAUAUGAAACCGGACUGUAACGAUGCAAGCGAUGAGAAGAAUUGCCCACCACGAGAUUGCUCCAAUACGACGGACUUUGAUAUACCUGGAUUGGUGAAUUGUGCUGGCACGACACAAUGUAUCCUACCUCAGUGGCGUUGUGAUGGAUCAAAUGACUGCUGGGAUAACUCGGACGAGAAGAACUGCACCGAGAUCGUGCUACCAUUAUUGCCUGGCGUGCGGCCGUGCUCUGCCGAAGAGUUCACAUGUGGGCGGACCUUGUCGUGUCUGCCACGUGCAUGGGUAUGUGACGGACAGAAGGACUGCGCGGAUGGGAGUGACGAGUUGAAUUGCGGUAAGCACUCCGCACAUAUCUGCAAUGUACUGAGGAAAUAA